AUGGCCAUGGGAGGUGGCCUGCUGCUGCUCAUGCGCUGGGCGGGGAGGGGGCUCAGCCAGCAGGGAGGGGCGAGCGGUAAGCCGCUGCUGACGGCGGUGCGGAGCGCCCACGGCACAGGCGCCAAGCCAGGCUCGCGCAGGGCGGGGCCUGAGCAGACACCACUGACGGCGCUGCCUGUGCCGGCCUCCACUGCGAGAUGCGCAGGGGGCACGGGGAAAGGCGAGGCCGCUGGGGGGGGGCGUGGAGUGGUGGCGGUGUGGGGCCGGGAUGGCCGGGGAAGGGCCCCAAACGACGAAGACCGCAGGGAAGCAAGCGGCUGGUACAGUGCGCUGUUGACGACGUCCUUCUUCCUCGGCGACGUCUCCGCCAGUCUGCAUGCAGGUGAUUGCUUAAUUUUCACGGUCGUUGCCGACAAGACAAGAUCAAGAACGGGCAUCACGGCGCAGUGCAAUACAUUGGGACAGCAGCUUGGAGUCCGCCGCCUCCGCCAUGGCCUCGUAGUAGUAGAAGUCGAAGUACGACCUGCUGCCGGGGUACAGGUCGCUGGCGCCCUGGAUGCUGAAGAGCGACUCGUUGGAUGCCAUGCUCCACUCAGCCUGCAACACCGACGUCCUGUGCUGGAACAUGUACUGAAGUCUGGACUGCCCAGAGUCCUCACAAACAUAACACAUAAUCUUUAUAUGCAAUGUGCUUAUAUUGCACAAGCACUGAAUCCAUGUCCAGCUGCUGCUCUGAAUCCAAAGCAUUGCAAACCUGCACCCUGUGGCAAAAGAAAGAAGCCAGCCAAGUUGCUGAUUGAAAAUGGAAUUAGCAAAAGCCUACUGCUGCUGAAAAUCCAAUUAAUGUGA